AUGAAGGAAAACUACACAGGAAACCCUCUACAUAUCACGUCAUUGAACCAUGUCUCUCUCUUGUGCCGAUCCAUCGAGGAGUCGAUGAACUUUUACGAGAAGGUGUUAGGGUUCUUCCCUGUUCGAAGACCUGAAUCCUUUAAAUCUGAAGGCGUUUGGUUGUUUGGUCAUGGAAUUGGAUUACACCUCUUGCGUUCUACAGAACCUGAGAAACUUCCCAAGAAAACUGCGAUUAAUCCUAAGGAUAAUCACAUCUCUUUCCAGUGCGAGAGUAUGGGAGCAGUGGAGAAAAAGCUGGAUGAAAUGGAGAUUAAGUAUGUUAGAAAUAUAGUACUAGAAGGAGGGAUCAAAGUGGACCAGCUCUUCUUCCACGACCCUGACAGUUUCAUGAUCGAGAUAUGCAACUGUGAUAGCCUCCCUGUCGUUCCCCUCGCAGGAGGAAUGGCUCAGUCCUGCUCAAGGCCAAGGGUCAAACUCCACCAGAUGGUGCAGCCACAGCCGCAAACUCAGAUACACCAAGUGGUCCAUCGUUAG